AUGUCAUUAAAAAGUAAUUCUCAAGAAAAAAUAACUGAUGAUACAAUUCAAGAUGCAUCAUCAAUCAUUGGUGAUUCAUUCCGUAAUGUUAAUCCACAUGAAGUUAGUAUGGUAUCAAUUGGUGUCGGUCCAGAUGUUGUAUCAUCAGUGCAUAGUUUUAUAGAACAGACAACAAAUGAUGAAUGUAAAUAUACAGGUGAUGUUUAUGAGGAAAAAAAACAUGGCAAAGGUGUUUUAUCUUGGGCUGAUGGUCGAACGUAUACAGGCGCUUUUUUUGCUGAUAGACGACAUGGUUUUGGAAUUUUUCAUGUUCCAAAUACUUCAGAAUUUAAAGGUUUAUAUUGUCAUGACGAACGAUUUGGUCCAGGUAUAUUAAUUUAUCAAUCUCUUCAAAGUGCUGAUGUUGGUUUAUGGUUAAGUGAAGAUCUUAUUCGUUUACUUUAUCCUCAUCCCAAACUUAUCUUAGAUAUUCAUAUUACAGAUAAAAAAUGUUCACAUUCAUCUUCAUCAAUUAUACCAUCAUGGUAUUCUCCUGAAGAAUUACUUCGAACUGUAUCAGAUUUUAAUCUUUUAUUAAAAAAGAAAUCUCCAUUAAGUUUUUUAAAUGAUAAUAAAUUUUUAACACGAUUUAUUACUGAACAUCCCGAUGGUGCACAAGAAGCUAUGCAUAAUAAACGUACAGAAUUAGAUGCUUAUUUAUCAAGUAUUUAUGAUAAAAAUGAUAUAAAUGAAUUAAAAAAUCGAAUUUUAAAUGAACGAACUGCCGAUAUUUUCCCACCAAAUGAAACAUAUGAACAACGAUUAUUAUAUAAUUAUGCAAAUAAAUUUUGGCCAUUAAAACAACGAGCAUCAUUUCCUAUUGAUGAUAUUAUUUCAAGUAAACCAAAUCGUUCUUCCUUUCCUAAUCCAGGACCAUUAGAAAAUGCGUCAUUAAAUCUAUUUGAAUUAUCCUAUUAUGGUUAUGAAAAAGAUGUACGUCAUCUUUUAAUGCAACAUCUUGCAUAUGUUGAUGUAUGUGAUUCUCAUGGUUUAACUGCCUUACAUUUUGCAACUUAUAAUAUACAUAUAAAUAUAAUAAGUCUUCUUCUUGAUUUUGGUGCUAAUGUUAAUCAAUUAUCAGAUGAUGGAUUAACUCCACUUAUUCUUGCUUUUCUUCUUUAUUAUGGUAAUGAUCAUCAACAAACAAUUAAUAUAGCAUUAGAACAUGUAGAUCCUAUAAUACCAAAUCCUCGAAUAUUAAUUUCCAAGGAUAAAAAUAAUUCAAUACAAAUAAAACAAGAACCUCCUAUUGAAAAUAAUAUAAGUAUUGUAGAUGAACUUAAAUUACCAACAUUAUUAGAAACAAUGAAAAUAAAUGAUUCAGAAAAAAGCAUUUCAUAUGGAUUUGAAUUAACGGGUGAUCUUCGAGAACGUAUUCGUGAUGAACAAUUUCGUGAAUCUGUUUAUUCUGUGAUAGUUCUACUUCUUCGUCGUGGUGCUGAUCCAUCAUAUAGUGAUUGGCCUUUGCCUGUUCUAAUCUUUGCUGUUCGAGCUGGUGAUAAACAAAUGGUUGAAUUAUUAUUGAAGAAAAAAGCUAAAGUUAAUUGUCGAUUAAAUGCUAUUCGUCAUGCAAGUUUAACUCCAUUACAUGUUGCAUGUGGUUGCUUAUCAUCUAAUGUAAUUGAUAUUGCUCGACUAUUAUUAGAACAUGGUGCUGAUGUUAAUGCAGAAUCAUUUCCUAACAAUCAAGAAUAUUUAACUCUUGUUGAUCCACUUGUUAUUGAAAUCAAUAAAACGAAUAAAAAUCAACAAAACGGUCGUACACCUUUGCAUAUUGCAUGUACACGAGAAGCAUCAGUCGAUACAUUAAAUCUUAUUCGACUUCUUCUUCAAUAUCAAGCAAAUCCAAAUGCUGUUUGUAAUGGUCAAACACCACUAUCACUUGCUAUUGCUUUAGGCAAUGAAUCUGUAGUUGAUUUACUUCUUAAUCAUGAAACAACUGAUCCAUCGACUGUACUUGGUUAUGGAAAUGGGAAUGCUUUAUGUAUGGUAUUAUCAACAUUUUAUGAAAAUCGUUGGACUUAUCCAAAACGAUUGCAAUUAAUCGAACGUCUUAUGGCAAAAAAUCCUCGAGUUCUUUAUCCUGUACGAUUUGGUCCAAAAAAUCUUCUAGGUUCAGCAGUUGAUUUUGCUUAUUAUAUGUUUUUUGCUGAUACUCGAAUAUCUCAAUCUCCAUAUCAUUCAUUAACAAAUCAAGAACGUAUUAUAUUUAAUCAAAGAAAAGAAUUACUUGCUUUUAUAGCUAAACGAUUUCGCGAAGAAGUAUCGAAAUAUGAAGGAUUCUUACGUUUAUCAACAACAGAUCUUCAGAGUCCUAUGUCAAGUCCUGUUAAUUUAUUAACACAACGCUCAAUUUCACAAAAUCAAUCAAUUAUGACCGAUAAAACUAUUGAUUAUAAUUCAAAAUUAACGGGAGAAUUUCGUUAUUGUGGUACAUGUGGUCGAAAUACAGGUGUACGACUUGCAGCUUGUAAACGAUGUCAAAAAACAUCAUUUUGUUCUAAACCAUGUCUCGUUAAUGGAUGGAAUACAUUUCAUCGAUAUGAAUGUCGUCAAUCAGCAAGUCGAUUAAGUAGACCAUAUACAACAACAAAUAAUAUGGCGUCGAGAAAUAAAAAUCCAGAUGGUGAAUUAUUUAAAGAUGGUGUUUUAUUACUUAAAAAUCCAAGUAAAACUAAUGAGAAUAAUCGAUUACCACCGGUUUCAAAAAUUUUACGACAAAAUCGAAUGAAGAAACGAAUCAAAUCUGCUUCCUUAGAAGGUAUUGAAUUAUCAUGGAAUCCUACAUACAAUGCACCAGAAAACUACAGUUUCAAUUAA